UAGGAGUCACUAGUUGUGCGGUCCGUGACAUAAUAUUACAAUUUUUGUAAAACGGAACACAAUGAUAUCAAGAUUGCUAUUUUGGGUCUUGGCCUUGCUGGGCAUGAUAAUCUUUGUACAAAGCGAUGGAAUGGUUGAAGUCUUCAAAUGGAAGCAAAUGGAUUUCAACAAUCGCGGAGAAGCACGACCAUUACGCAUGCCUGACUCGUCUGCUCCCCUAGUAUUCCCAGGGCGCUUUGGACGGGAAAAGAAAACUCAGGGCAAAUUAGAGGUGAAAACUUCUCGAGAUACACCUAUCGGCUUUGCAACACGUAGCGGAAUAAAUCAAAAUGAUAAUAACAGUGCCUAUAUACCCUACAAUAAUGUGCCCAUGGGCGUGACACACUAUCGAGGCAGACUAUUUGUCACAAUGCCGCGACGACGCGUUGGCAUACCAUCAACCUUGAACUUUAUAGACUUGAAACGCGAUGGCGGCCAAAGCAGUCCCAAGCUGAAUGCCUAUCCCAAUUUCGAGUUGAAUCAAUUUAGUCGCAGCGCAGAGAAUCUAGUAUCCGUGUAUCGCACAACUGUGGAUGCUUGUCAACGCUUGUGGUUCAUUGAUACAGGCAUGUUGGAGUAUCCAGACAAUCGUCAGCAGAUCAAACGCCCUAGCAUAUGGGUGGUAGAUUUGAAUACUGAUCGUGUGCUCAAACGGUUUGAAAUUCCCGAGAGCAUUGUAAGCACUGGACGUGGGAUGGCCAGCUUGACCAUUGACAUUGCGUCACCUAAAGCCUGUGGAGAAGCUUUCGCCUACAUACCCGACUUGGUCAACAGUCGUUUAUAUGUGUAUAGCCUGGCAGCAGAUCGCAUGUGGUCCUUUGCACACAACUAUUUCAACUUUGAUCCCCUAGCUGGUGAUUUGCAUAUAGGUGGACAAACUUUCCGCUGGGAUGAUGGCAUCUUCUCCACAAGCUUGGGUCCCAUUGAGCGUGACGGCAGCCGACCUCUGUUAUUCCAUGCUAUGGCCAGCAACAAUGAGUUUGCUGUCUCAAAUCGCGUGCUCCAACAGGAAGCGAAUGCGGCGCGUUCUGAUCAUGGAAACGAUUUUCGUAUCUUGGGCAAUCGUGGAGAGCACAAGCAGUCCACUAUGCAUGAGUACGACCAACGCACUGGUGUUGUCUUUUAUGCGGAAAUACAAACAAAUGGCGUGGGUUGCUGGAACAGUCGUAAGCCUUUCACGCCGGCGAAUCAUGGCAUAGUGGCUGCAAAUGCUGAUACAAUGAUAUAUCCAAGUGAUUUGACGAUUGAUGAGGAUGGCGACAUCUGGGUAAUGACAAAUUCAAUGCCUAUUUUUAUUUACUCCACCCUAGAUGCCAAUACUUUUAAUUUCCGUAUUUGGAGGCAAAAGGCCGUCGAAGCCAAACGCAACACGAUAUGCGAAUGAAUUUCAAAACCUCACUUCUCUGAGAAUUCCAAAUAUACAUACAUAGAAUAAGAUCUGAAAUGAUAAUAAUAUAAUUAUAAGCAUAAAAUGCUCGAUUAAACGUUAUUGAA